AUGAAUGCGGCUGAUAAGGGAGAAUUGAAUAAAGCUCGUCAACAAAAUCAAGCCGCUUUGGCUCACAAUCCACCUAAGCCUUUAGAGCAAUCGGCCACCACUACUCCUGCUAAUGGCCAAAACAAAAGAGUGAGGAAAAAAUUAGAUUUUUCCACAUCUCCUAAGGCUCGUCCAAGAGAACCUAAAAGAAAGGUUGCUCCUAAACCCGCGCAACAAGUAAUAAAAAUUAAAGAGCUAUCCCCAAAUCCUCGAAAAAAGACUCCUUCAAACUCCAAAAAGAAGGGAAAAAAGGUAAAAAGGGCUCCUAUUCCCAAAUUAAAGAAUAAUGUGUGGGUCAAGAAGAUGGGAAAAGGCGAAAGUUCUAAGUUUGCUGAAAAUACUGCAAUGGAUACUACUCCUCCUUCAACUAUCACGAUCGAGGAUAUAGUAAAACCUUAG